CCAUUCAUUCUUCUUGCAUAGUGGUUGCCAUACACACCAAAAUUUCGAUACCACCACCACCACCACCCAUGGCUGGUGUUGAUUCCACCGCCAUCCUGGCUGCAAUCCAAUCCCUCCUCCGCCUCGUCAGGGAUGUGGCCCGUAACUCUGCUUCUGGGUUCGCCGGAGAAUUCAAGAAAGAUUGCACAGACCUCUCGAGAAGGGUGGCUUUGCUGUCGCAUUUGUUGGAGGAAAUUAGGGACUUUAAGGGAGAUUUCAGGUUGUUGGAUUCAUCGCCUUCUUCAUCAUCUUCUUCCUCUUGUUUAGCUGACAUAACGGUUGCUCUUCAAGCUGCCAAAAAGCUCCUUACAAUUGCAGCCAAUUUCGAUCAUAAGAUCUCCCUGGAUGGAGCAGCCCAGAAAAUUGCAUUUCAAUUCCAGUGCGUUACAUGGAAAUUGGAAAAAGCGUUGGCAAACUUGCCAUACGAUCAUUUCGACAUCUCGGAGGAAGUUCAAGAACAAGUUGAUUUAGUGAGAGGUCAGCUGCGAAGAGCAAGGGAACGAUAUGGGAGGCCCCUGAAGUCGGUUGUUCUUUCUCAUGGAUUACUGCAACCUUCAGAAAAGGAGCUUGAUCGCCGUGGAAGUUUGCAUGUAGAAAACACCAGUAACAUCAAUCAUCAAGAAGUUGAAACAAAGGUGGAAACUGCACCAAAAGAAAAUCUUUCUAAAGGGUAUUAUCAAAAUGAAGCGAUUGAUCAGCUGGAAAGCUCGAAAAAUUCAUCUGCAUCAUCUGAAACAUCUUUAUUGAGAACUGCUGAUGUUGAUGAUGGAGAUAACUCAUCGAACAAGAACGUAGAUGAAAAUAAGAAGAUGGAUGCUCCUGCAAUUCCUGUUGAUUUCCUUUGUCCGAUUUCUCUAGAACUGAUGAGGGAUCCGGUUAUAGUCUCCACAGGACAGACUUAUGAGAGAUCAUACAUACAGAGAUGGAUCGAUUGUGGGAACACAACAUGCCCAAAAACUCAACAGAAACUUCAAAACGUAACGCUAACUCCAAACUAUGUCUUGAGAAGUUUGAUCACGCAGUGGUGCAUUAAUCAUAACGUUGAGCAGCCAACGUCUCUAACAAACCGGAGACUGAAAAGGAGCGAUGGGUCGUUUCGUGACGUGAGUGAAGAUAUAGAAGCCAUUGAAGCAAUCGUGCGAAACCUGUCAAGCCGGUCCAUCGAAGAACGAAGGGCAGCCGUAUCAGAAAUACGAUCUUUAUCAAAAAGAAGCACAGACAACCGAAUACUCCUUGCUGAAGCAGGAGCAAUCCCGAUCCUGGUCAGUUUAUUAACAUCUGAAGAUAAUGUCACACAAGAAAAUGCGGUAACUUCCAUUCUGAACCUUUCUAUAUACGAAAACAACAAAGGGCUUAUAAUGCUGGCGAACGUGGUACCUUCAAUAGUCCAACUCCUCCGAGUUGGAAGCAUGGCCACAAGAGAAAACGCGGCUGCUACCCUUUUUAGCCUAUCGCUUGCAAAUGAGAAUAAAAUCAUCAUUGGUGCAUCUGGUGCAAUUCCAGCUUUGGUUAAUCUGCUUGAAAAUGGAAGCGUUAGAGGCAAGAAAGAUGCGGCCACAGCUUUGUUUAAUUUGUGCAUUUACCAACGGAACAAAGGGAGGGCGGUGAGGGCAGGGAUCAUUGGGGUGCUGCUUAAAAUGUUGAGUGAUUCGACUGGUUGUAUGGUUGAUGAGGCAUUGACCAUACUUUCGGUUCUUGCUAGCCAUCAAGAAGCUAAGAGUGCGAUAGUAAAAGCUAGCACGAUACCGCUUCUGAUUGAUUUAACGAGAACUGGGCUUCCAAGAAACAAAGAAAAUGCUACGUCCAUCUUGCUUUCGUUGUGCAAAAGGGAUAACGAGAAUCUGGCGUGCAUAAGUAGGCUUGGUGCGGUAAUUCCAUUGAUGGAACUUGUGAAAAAUGGGUCGGAGAGGGCUAAACGGAAGGCGAAAUCGUUGCUGGAGCAUCUUGGAACAAUCUAAAAAUGCCGAAGUAAGCAUGAAAUAACUUGCUAAUUUGUUUAUUCAUCUGAUUCUUGAUCAGGAGGAAAGAAGGUGCCUCUUGUGGUUUCUUUUGUAUUUGAAAAAUGGAUUUGAUACUGUUAUUGUUUGUUUGACAUGAUGAUAUUGUGGAUUGGGAAGAACUUGUGUGACACUUCUGAUUGCAAAUUG